UUGUGGGAAAUUCCGUCGCUUUUAGCAGUUUUUGCUCUUAAUAAAAUUAAUUUCUCUUGAAAAAAUAGUUAAUUAACGGUUUCCCUUGUUGGAAAACAACUCGAAUAUAUUGCGUGCAUCGAAUAACAAAUAAAAGCGACCGUAAAGACAUUUUUCCUACGCAGCAGAUCAUCAUUGAGCGCGUGUGUGUGUGUGUGCGUGCGUGUGCCACAGAAAGUGGCAAUCAGGCAGCAGCAAUUGUAAAGUGUACAUAUAUUUGUAAAUUAUUUUAUAUUGUUAAUUUAUGCAAUUAUAAAAGCUGCAUACAUGUAUGCAUAAAAUGUGAAACCAAUGAAAAUAUCUCAAUGUUGUCAAUACAGUGAAAAGUUGUGUAGCAGCGCCGCAACAGCGACAUCCGCAGUAGCCGUCAACGUUAACGUAUAAAAAGGCAAAAGAAAAUGUGGAAAAUGAAAUAACACAAAAAAAAGAGCUGCGCUGUAGCGAGCAAGUAGAAGAAACGCGAAACACAAGCAAAGAAAAAUCGAAAUAAUAAAAUACAUACGUACGAACUGUAUGUAUGUAUGGGUGUAUCAUAAAAUUGUGCUUGUAUGCGCAGUGCAAGUGUAUAUGUGUAUGUGUGUGAGUGAAACGUAUAAAUAAAAUUCAGCCAAAUGCAGAAACCAACAACAAAAUGGAUAACAAAACUACACAGUUGGAUUUUAAAUUACUGGUGGAUCAGUCAGUGAAUCUACUGGACAGUCUGAAUGCGGCGUCGCGGUGCGAUGCAAUUAAAUUUCUGCUGCAAACGCUUAAGUGCAAAUAUCCAGAGGCCUGCGACCGAGUCGUCAGGAAUCUGUUCAGUCACAAGCCCAAUGAUAAUGGAGCCGACACGGAGUCGGAGUCAGAGUCGAAGCAGCUAGCGAAGAGCAAGCAGUUGCAACUGCUGCUUGCCACCAAAAAGGAGAAGACCGAACCGGGCACGAUCAUCGAUGGAUCGGUAUCGGUAUCGAAAAUAAAAUGUGAGAGCGAUAAUGAAGCAUCAUCCGCGAUCGAUUUAAAUCAAAACUUUGAGAAGAUUCUCUGCAAAGAGGAGUUUAUGUGCCUCGACGAGGAGGAUGACUUCCUCAAUGAUGAAGAUGCCGAUGCCGAUAACGAUGGCGAUGCGGAUGUCGAUGUUGAUGCCGAUACCGAGAACUCGUCUUCCAUGAGCAAACGCCUGCACUUUCAUCGCUCCGCCAGUGGGAGCAACAAUGUGGAUGCGAUUACAGCUGCAGGUCUACUCACCAGCGAUCCCCUCGAUCUGAUUCACUCGGCGGCAGCAGCAAGUGGGUUGGUGAAACGCAAAUAUGUGGCAACAUUUGAUGAGGAAGAGGACGAGGAGGAUGAGGAGGACGAUGAGACAGAUGACGUGGAAAAUGAGAGCAACAGCAAUAGCUGUGAGGAGCUCUUACUGCGUCGGCAACAAAAGCUAAUCCGCUCCAGGGCGUUGGUUAAAAGAAAACGAACCAACAACAUCAUAAGCAACAUGGAUGCUGUGGCGCCUGUAGCACGCUCCCGGCUGGGGGAGGGUUACGUGUUCCACGAGGAUACCCAGUACACGUUGCGAUAUCAUCACAGCAGCGGAGAGUUCAGUGAACGGGCCUUUAAGGCGCAGUUUCGGGUGCUACUCCGAUUGGCGCUGAGUCAGCAUCACAAGCCCUUCCUUAAGCAGUUCUAUGACAACUUUGUGGUCACCGGACGUCUUCUGGGCACCACGCCCGCGACACGUGUGCUGAAGGAGCUGCGGGAGCAACGGUUAGACGAGUGGCGCCGGCAACGGGAACGAAGGCAGCAGGCCAAGGAAGCAGCGGCGGCUGCUGUUGCAGCAUUGCGGGAACUGGAGGAGAAGCGUAAGCUAAAGCAGAGUCAGCCACUGGUUCAACAAUUGGAAGUGCCGCUGCAGCUGGAUAAUCAAGAGCCACGUCAGCUGAGAUCCAUAUCGUUUGGUGACUCUGAGCUCGAGUCGGAGACGGAGUCACAGCUGUCAUCGGCGGCACAGGAGAUUAUGAAGUUUGAGGAGUUUAUUGACGAAGGUGUAGGCGCAGGUCGUCUCAUUGAUGGGCUCGAAAUGGAGCCGGAAAUAGAUGAGAUGCUGGCCGGUGCCGGCAGCGGAUUAGGCAGCGUAACUGGCACCGGCAGCGGGAACAGCAACAGCAACAGCAGCGCCGUCCAUGACAACGGAAUCGCGUCGCUUCUCAUGGACACCAAUCAUGGGACGCAGCUUCAUUCCCAUCAUCUCAGCAGUAGCAGCACCAGUGUAGGUGGAAAUCUUGUGAUCAACGGCCUUACGUCAAGCAAUAUCAACAAUAACAACAAUUGUAACAAGAGCAACAAUGUGGUCAAUCAGCAACUGGGGCAGGAGCAUCCUUCCAAGCAGUCACAGCAGCUGCAGUCACAGUCACCGCAUUUGUCCAUGCCCGUGAGAUCUGCAUAUGGACACGAAGGUGUUGCCAUGUCGGCCACAGCGCAGUUAAUGUCAGGAACAGAGAUUCAGCUCCAGAAUGAUAAUCCCAAUCAUUACAACUCAAGCAAUAAUCCACUCUCGAUGAUGGGUGGCAUGAUGCAAAUGCAGCAACAGCAGCAGCAACAACAACAACAGUUUCCACAACAUCAACAUGCACAAAUGCUGAACAAUCAUCAGCCACAUCUGCAUCCACAUCCUCAUCCACACCAGCAAUCUCAGGCAGCUCAUCUGUCCUCGUCUGUCAUCGGUUCUAAUGCCUGCGGACAAUUGAACUCCUCGCUGGAGCUGGACGACAAUGAGUUAUCGGGCGACGAGGAUGAUGAUGACCUGGACAAUGAACUUGACGAGAUGGACGCUGCCAAGCAGCAGCUAAUCGAUGGAGGCAGCAGCAGCAGCACCUCCCUGCAGGCGCCGCCUUCUCAGCUUGGUGGCGGACACACGCCCGGGAGCAAAAAGGAUAAACCUAGCUACAAUUGCCUGUUGUGCCCCAAGUCAUAUAGGAAACGUAAAUCUCUGCUGGAUCACUACAAGAUGCAUCCCGGCUACUGCCACGACUGUGGGCAGCCCAAUGGCAACACGCUGGAGGAAAUCAUUCAGCACAAUCGCACGAUGCAUGUGAAAGAGUUUCCCUUUGUGUGCGAGACCUGCGGCGAGUCCUAUUCACGUCGACAGCAGUUCCACGCCCAUGUGGAGUCGCACAAGAAGGAAUUCAAAAUGUUUCCUUGCGGAGAGUGCGGCUUGAAGCUGUCGCAGAAGAAGCUGCAGCAGCACUUUGAAGAGACGGGCCAUAAGGCCGACGGCGCCAUCUGUGAGGUGUGUGGCGCCGAGUUUCCCUCGAAGAAUGCCCUCUAUCAGCACAUCAUUCGUGUGCAUAAGCGGGACAAUUUCUUUGAGUGCCACAUUUGCCAUAACCGCUUCACACUCAAGGCCAAUCUGGAGCGGCACGUACAGCUGCACACGGAGGUGAAGCGCACCUAUGUGUGCGAUCUGUGCGGCUCCUCUUACUUUACAUAUCCUGCACUCAAGGAGCACUACAGCAAUGCCCACGUGGAUGUCUCCGAGUGCAAGUGCACGCUAUGCGGCAAACGCUUUGGAUCCGCCAAGUCACUGCAGCGGCAUCUGCCUUCGCACUCCGAGGAGCGACCGCAUUGCUGCAACCAUUGCGAUCAGACCUUCAAGUGGAAGACGCAUUUGGUUCGCCAUAAACAGACAAUGCAUGGAAAUCAGCCGCCGCCUCCUAAGAAGGGCAAACAGCGUUUCCCCAAAGCCAAUGAGGAUGAUAUGGUACCUCUGCCCGAUAUGCCAGGUCCGCCUCCGGUGAAGGCAACCAAAAAGUCAGCUGGCAGCAAGGCAAAGUCUCAGACAUCGUCGGCAGCUGCAGCCGGAUCACAGCAAGGACCUGGCAAGGGUGUUGGUGGUAUGGGAGCCACGCCUACACCGCCACCUCCGUUGUCAACGACGCCAGGUUGUUCGCAGCAAGAUCAAUUCAAUGCCGCCAUGGUAAGCAGUAACAGUUCGCAAUCUUCAACGGCAUCCACGUCACAGCACUCGGUAUCGACGAGCGAAUCUCAGCAGAAUUCCAUGUACAAUCAGAGCUUUAGUGCGGACAAAUUGCAGCAGCAACCGACGCCGGCGCAGCAGCAACAGAAUGCGCUGCAUCAGCAACAUCAACAACAGCAGCAGCAACAACAGCAACAACAACAUGCUACAGCGACGCCACCACCAACUCUGCAGCAACCGGUGGCACCGCCACCACCGCCUCAGCAACAACAACAGCAACAGCCGCAUCAUCGCCAUACGCAUACACCGAACAACAGUACGCCGGAGUUGCACCUGCAACGCAUGAACAGCUUUGGUGGGCAGGAGAGUCAGUUCCACUUUGAGCCAACUGGCAAUCCAGCAAGCAGUUAUCAGCAGCAUCAGUUGAUUAAUCAGUAUCAACAACAGCAACAACAGCAACAAUCGCAACAGACGCAGCAGCAGCAACAGCAACAUUUGCGCAGUCACACGCCUCAAAGUCCACAUCCGCAUCCCCAUCCACAUCCGCAUUCGCAUCAGGCACAGCAGUUGCAACAGCAGCAGCAGCAACAACACUUUAGCUCACCGCACCACAUGCCACCAAUGCACCACCAGCAUCAACUGAUUCUGCAGCAACAUCGUCACAGUCACUCGCCUCAGCAUCAACACUCGCGAUUGCAGUCGCCACAGCCGCAACCGUCACCAUCCGCAGCGGCAACUGGGCCGCAGCAGCAGCAGCAAUUCAUGCAGCAGCAACAACAGGCGGCCGACUCGUGGGGCAACAUGGGUUUUGGCGGUGCUCCAAACAGUCAACCAGUUGAGCUCAAGGACAACAAGUUCUACAUUGUUGAUUCGACCGAGUUUCUUGGGCUUCCAAUGAAUGUCGGCGCCACAGCGUCGCCCUCACAGCAACAACCGGCCGUUGUCAACAAGCCGCAACAACCACAGCAGCAGCAACAACAGCAACAACCACAGCAACAGCAGCAGCAGCAACCACAAGAUCCAGCGCUGUCUAGUGAUUUAUUGAGCUUCCAGCACAUGUGGCCACAACAGGUGCAGCCACAACAACAGCAACAGCAGCAGCAGCAGCAACAACAACAGCAGCAAGCGGCAACACCACAGCCGCAGGCUAAUCAAGUCGGACCGGGAGAUGCUCAUAAUUACAACAACAUUGGCAGUAUUCUCACGAAUCUCAUUGACACAAAUCCCACGCCAUUGGAGUACAACUUUGAUCUAAUGCAACAACAACCGCCACAGCAGCAGCAACAACCACAGCAGCAACAGCAAGCGGCACAACAACAACAACAACAACAUCACAAUGCCAGCAGUGCCUAUGGAGGUGGUUUAAUGAGGCACGCGGCUGCUGGAAACGUUUAUGGUGGCGCUGUUUCCUACGAGCAACAUCACAAUCACAACCACAGCGGAUUGAGUGAGCAAUUGGUCAGCGAACAGCAGAAGCAUAACAGCUUUCAGCCAUAUCAUGGUCAUCCCCAUGCACAUGGACUGCAACAGCCGUUGCAUUCAUUAGCAGCUGCCACACACCUGUUGCCACCGCCGCCGCCACAUGGUAGCGUGUAUGAACGGGCGGCGGUGCCGCCAGUGGGUGUCGGAGUCGGUGUGGGUUAUCCCAUGUUGGGCGAUGAUUCAAAGUCCGUGCUGCCACCGAUCAAUGACUACAUGCAUCAUAUGCAACAGCAGCAGCCCGAUCUAAUCUAUUAUCCAGUGAAGAACGAUUGACAACCAAAGUAGCCGGCGCUGGGUGGUGCUCAAGGGCACCACCAUCAGCACCACCACUUCGCGCAUAAUCAUAAUCAUACGCGCUGGUGGCCAGCACCAGCAGCAGGUAUAGGCGCCAAGAGAGGCGAUGUUUUUCAUUGAAAAACAUUAAUUAACAAAAAAAAAAAAACCACAUAAAAAUAAACAUUUGUUUAGUUUUUACGAGAUGAGAUCCCCUUAAGGAGCACUAUUUUUGUCUAUUUGUAGUGUGCUUGUGUAGAUAUCAAAAAGAAUGAUGAUUCUAACUAGAUAAGAUUAUAAAUAUUAUAAAUAAUAAUAUAAACUGAAAAACGCAACGUUGAGCAAUAACUUAAAGAUUGGAGCUUCAGUGCUCAGUUAAUUUCCAAUCCGACCGAUGCUAUUGUUACAACAGUAAACUGAAUUAUUGUAAUAAAAACAAUAACAACAAUCACACA